AUGAUAAUCUCAAAACAACUUUUCCUUUUAUUUUUCCUCCUCUUCUUCAUCUUCCCUCUCCGACACGCCUCAAACCCUAGUAAAUGUUCUUCUUCUAAUUCGAGACCACACAGAUGUGGACCCUUAGAAGUCCCCAUCCGUUUCCCUUUCUGCGACCAUCCGUUAUUCAAUCUCCUCUGCACCAAUCUCAAUAAUACAGUCCUACAACUUCCUAUGUCCGGAACAUUUUUUGUCCAGUAUAUCGACUACAGAAAGCAACAGAUUUAUAUCAACGAUCCUGAAAACUGUUUGGCUAAAAGGCUUUUAACCUUCAACAUUUCAGGAUCCCCUUUCUCUCCUCGCUUUGAUACCUUAUACACGUUCCUGACUUGUCCUAAUGAGCUCGUGUUGCCGUCUUGGUAUCCGUCCAUUCCUUGCCUAAGUAAUUCCACCUCCUCCUUCUUCGCCACGUCUAAUUUUGCUCUCGCAGAGUCUAUGCUUCCUUCUUGUCAGAUCGUGAAGAGAAUAUAUGUUCCGGCUGAUUCGCCGUUUGCAGAAACAAGAUUCUCGAGCUACCUCAAUCAAAGCCUCUUGUUGGAGUGGAACUCGCCUAAUUGCAGAGGUUGUGAGAUAGAUUACUUGAGAUGUGGAUUCAAGAACAAAGCCUCCCCCGAAGUAAAAUGCUUCGGUGCUAAAAAAUCCGGUCAUUUAAGCAGGGCAGUAGUAGCAGUACUUAUAUGUUUGUCCAUAAUAGGAGCAGUCAUCCUCUUUGUUACUUGUAUCGCUAUCCGGAUUCACAACACACCGAGACGACGACAUUGGGCAGUACCAGCGGCAGCCGCAACCGUAAUGCAGCAACCAAGAGAGGUUAUGGCCACGAGGGGUCUUGACCAAUCUACAAUAGAAAAAUACAAGACAAUGGAGUUGGGAGAAAGUAGAAGGCCUCCCGGGACUAAUGGUAUUGUAUGUCCCAUUUGUUUAUCAGAGUAUGUGAGCAAAGAGACCGUACGGUUUAUACCUGAAUGUGACCAUUGCUUCCACGCGAAAUGUAUAGAUGUGUGGCUCAAGAUUCAUGGUUCAUGUCCUCUUUGUCGGAACUCACGUGCGUGA